UCGGAGUCAGCCGGCCGAAGAGGAGCUGGAGGGAGCACCGAGAACCGAAGCGAACUUGCCAGACGAGUUUCUGCCGAGGCCCGACGAGGAGACACGAGCACAGCGGACACGUCGUCGUACUUACGUCGAAUGGACACGACAGUCAGACGCAACGUAGACGAGAUUGAACGUUUCGUGGACUUGGUUCAAGCUAACUGUGUUAGGCUUUAGCGUUGUUGGUAGUGAACGUUGAUCGUGCUUACGCAAGAACGUAUAUUUAUAUACCUGCGUCCUCUAUAUCUGUGUAAGAAGCAAAUCGUGUAAUCGAGAAUAUCUUGACGUUGAUAUUUGGAUCGGAUUCGAGGAAUAUUUCUUGCGUCCAUACAUCCUAGUUUCUCUGAUCGGUAAAAGAAGAAUUAACGAAAGAAAAAAGAAAAAGGAAAUACGAUAAAGAAAGGACGAAUCUACGGUCGAAGAGGAGAGAGAAGGAAGAAGUUGUAGCACCUGCCGCAGUCGGUCUCUGGCGGCGCCACUCACGUGUUGCAUGCGUGCCGGGCUAUCCAUCAUGGUCGCGGACGCGAACCGGCUCUGAUUGGUCGAACAGAGCUCACGUGGUAUGGUAAUUGAGCCCCGGUGGGCGGGAAGGAGCAAAAGGGGCCGCGGUGGAGCCGCUUCGCGGAGGAUCUCAAAAGUGGCGGUAGGAGAGGAGAGGAUAAGCCGCUGUCCAUCGGGAGUCCGGUGCUGCUCUUCGCGGCCUCGCUCUUUUCGCUUUUUUCUUAUCUACCUCUAUCUCUUUUUCUCUUUCUCUUUUUCCAUCUUCUUUCUUCCCUUCUCACCGUUCCUCAAAACCCUCUCCCCUUCCCUUCACCUUUUUCCAAUCGUGGAAAGGGACAUAGACAUCUCUCUCUCGCUCUCUCUCUCUCUCUCUCUCUCUCUCUCUGUUAUUCCUUAUCUCUCUUUCUUUCUCCUCCUGCUCUUUCUUUUUUCUUUUUUUCAAGGCAGACAAGUAAGGAGAAUGUAUCGCGGUGAAGUGGUCAAUGUGCAGUCGUGAAAAUGUGCUCCACGUUUGAAUGAAACGUUCUUAACGAAACUGAGUUGAGUGUUAGAAGAGACAGGACUAGUUUACUCUGUGAAUAUGUGCAUGGGAAUGCAGAUGUCCUCGUAAAAGAGAUAACGUGUUGCUGUGAGAAAACAUAAUGACGUUGUCGCUAAGACGCUCGGUAUAAGGAACUCGUACGUUGAUUGUGAACCCUGUUAAAGGGGAUAGAAGCUGUUUGAGAAGAAGAGAGAGAGAAAGAGAAAAAGAGGAAGAGAGAACAAGAGGAAGAGUGAGAAAGAGAAAUUGAGAAGGAGAGAAAAUGAGCUCCUUCCUGAUGAAUCCAUCCGCCGGCGGUGGCUAUCAUCACCAUCAUCAGCACCAACAGCCGGCGGGUAGUCAUCAUCUAGCUGCUAGUUCGGUCAUGGUCGAUCCGAAGUUUCCACCGAGCGAAGAAUACAGUCAGAGUAACUACAUACCUUCUACGGGUGCUGACUUCUUCUCUGGCAGUACUGCAAGCCAUCAUCUCAAUCAUCCCCAGUCCCAUCAACUUCAAUAUGGCUAUCACCAGCACCAUCAUCAAGCUGCUACGACUCCGUACGGAGCCUCAUCGGCUGUACAACUGAACGGUGGCUAUGCCGGUUACGGAGGAUAUUAUGGACCACAUCAUCCGCAUCACCAGGUUCAUGCUGUCCACCAUGCAAGUUUGCAUCCUCAUCAUCACGCUGUUGGUGCCCUAGCGAUGCCACCGGAAGCACAGCAACCACCUCACACGUGUCCAUCUUCGAUGCAAGCACCGCAACAGCAACAACAACAACCACCGGUCACAGCCUCUACCGUUCUCGGAUCAACUCCUUUGUCACCGUCCAUUAUGCAAAAUCACGUGCAACAGCAAGAAGCUAUUCAACAACAUCAACAUCAACAACAAAAUCAGCAACAACCUCACGAUGGUAGCGUCUGCAGUCCAGCAGGCUCCGGCUCGUUGCAUCGCGACAACUCACCCGAUCUUCAACAACAAUCCACCCAACAAACUCAGCAUAUACAAACUGCACAGCAACAACAACAAUCGCAGCAUCAGCAACAACAGCAGCAUCACGUAGACGAUGGAUCUGAUCAAGACGAUGUCGAGGACGAUCAAAUGAUGGACGGAUCACCUGGUAUGAUGGAGGAAGAAGAGGAUGACGAAGAAAAUGGAGAUCGUGUCAUCUAUCCAUGGAUGAAAAAGAUUCACGUUGCUGGCGUAGCGAAUGGUUCUUAUCAACCUGGAAUGGAGCCAAAGAGGCAGAGGACCGCAUACACGCGACACCAGAUCCUGGAGCUCGAAAAGGAGUUCCAUUACAAUCGUUAUCUCACGAGAAGGCGGCGGAUUGAGAUAGCCCAUACAUUGGUACUGUCAGAGAGACAGAUUAAAAUUUGGUUUCAGAAUCGACGAAUGAAAUGGAAGAAGGACAACAAGCUACCGAAUACUAAGAACGUUCGCAGGAAGAAUGCAAAUGGUCAGGUUGCAGCAUCGACGACAGCAACGAAAACAACGAAGGGUACUAGCAACAGAACGAAAAGUGUCUCUGCUGCUGCUGCUGCGGCUGCCGCCGCCGCUGCUUCAGCAAAUGGGAACAACAAUAAUGGACAAAGAAAGAACAACAACAAUUCACCUUCCAGUGGUUUAGAUGGUAACAAUUUGGAGACUGGAGUAGGCCUCGAUAUGGGUGACGUUCACGGUGUCAACUCGUCUCUUCCUCAUCCGAACGUGGUACAUCCCAGCUUUCAAGGUCACCCUCAUCCUCUCGCCCACCUACAAGCACAGCUGAGUCACCAUCACGUGGCGGCUGGAAUGAUGGACGGUCCAACAACGAUCGGGCCAACGAUCGGCCCUACGAUCGGUCCUACGAUCGGUCCUACUGCUGGACCAAUGGGACAUAUGUCUUCCGGGAGCAUCAGUCCACUUGCACCGGCCACCAGUCCUCCUGGACUCUCACAAGUAUCGACCUCUGUUGUCCCACCGCCACCGAUAAAGUCCGAUUAUGGACUUACCGCCCUGUAACACCCGCUUAUUGAACAGAAUCACGAUCAUCGAAUUUACUCUAUUAGUGAUUUCGACUACGAUCUCGCGGUUGGGACCUGAAGUCGAUUACUUAUAUUCGAUUUUUAAAUACUUCGCUUUUUUCCACAUUAUCUGAUUUAUCGUUGUCUUCUUCCAUUUUGGUUCCUUUUCUUUCUCCUUUGUUUAUUUUUUUUUCUUUCUUUCUUUUUUCAGUCACUCGCAAAGAGAACAGAAAUUCCUAAAUUCACAAAAGUAAGCAACGCCAGAUGGAGCUCGUCUUUUUUGUAAAUAUUAUUUCGAGUUGUAAAUCAUUUGUUGAUUUAUUAUUAUCGUUCUACGAAGUAUCAAAAAAAUAUUUGGUGGAUAAUUAAUGUGUGUCAAGUGGAAGAAAUCAGUUGUUAUCGAUUCAUUUGGACCCUCGAGAUGUAAUUCUUCGACGGUAAGGUACCUAUUAUUUUGGAUUAUAAUUUUGAAACUUAGUUCUCAAUGAACUGGUCAACAUGAAAAAUAUCGCAAAAAUGAUAUUUCGAAAUAGCUUAAACAUUUUAUUGUUUCUCUUCAACGUGCCAUCGCGCUUGUAGUCAACUACUACUUACUUACUUAGCUUCUUGUCUCAUUCUGCGGUAUCCAGAAGUACGUGUUCGUAAUCAUUUCCAUAAAGACAUCGCAAAAGCGACAUUACGUAUGUAAAUGUACAUAUAUAUAGCCGACAUAUUUGUACAUAUUCGUGUAAAGAAUAAAUAUAAUAUCAAGUGCGUGACGCAGCGAUCUAUGUUUCACAUAUUCUUCUUCUUAUUAUUAAUUAUUAUAUGAUUGUAUGGUUUUAGAGUAAUAAAUCGUGUUAAGUCGUCAAAUGAAAGAAAGAAAAUUGCGAAUUGAUUGUUAUUAUUAUAGAGACGUUUGCUUCAGCUCGUAUUAGAUAAUAACCGGUUCUUAUCUUCACAACCAUAACGAGAAUUACGGCUUCCGACACCGAAAUUACGCGAAUCUGUGUUUAUUAAAUGGUCAUUUGAAAUAAAAAAAAAUAAAAUAAAAAUAUAAAAAAAAUGAAAAAUUAUAUAAAGAAAACAAAAAAACUCAAACAAAAAAAUAAAAGAUAUUAAACUGAAGCAACGACGACUAUUCACCAGUAUUUAACCUUAAAUAUGUUUAAACUUAAUACCUAACUUUUAGUAACGUCGACUCUCAAAGUUGAACCUAGAUUCGAUCGGUCAAUACAUCAUCGUUGUCGUCGUUGUCAGCAAAACCGUGAAAACCGUGCCGAUCGCGAGUUCCAUGAAUACUCAUACAAAGCGAUAUACCGUAUCGAUCCAAUGUCAUACGAAUUUAAAACUUCCGGCCGAGUUAUCUUCCUUCGAUAAUAAUCGCGUGUCUUACGUUCGAGCAGCUCUUUGUCCUUGCCGUUAAAAGUUUCAAUAGAAAAGAAAAGACGAACAAAAUAAAAAAAGAAAAAAGUAAAAAAAACAAAAAAAAAUAGUAUUCCUCGAGAUUCAUGGAUCAUCUCUCGUUCUGUAGAAAUAAAAAAAUCAGUUGUAAAUAUUAUCUCGAAUAUAAUAUAUAAUAUUAGGUUGUUAAAAGUUUCUUUCGUUUUUAAACACUAACAGAUAAAGUAAUUGCGUGCAGAUAGCGAAAAAACUUGGGACAACCUAAUAUAAUGUCUAUUUUUAUUGAAAAUACGCGCGAGGGAUUCGACCAAAACGAUUAGGACGCGAUUGUGUGUUCGACGAAACCGGGAAAACUGAUCGGGAAGAAAACUGUAUUAUUAUUAUUAUUAUUAUUAUAUUUUUUUAAUUAUUAUUACGAUUACGAUUACGAUUAUGAUUAUGACUAUUAUUAUUAUUAUUAUAUGAGUAGUAAUCAAACGAUUCAUGCACAGAGUUGCUGUGACGAUAUACCAAAACGAUACUAACUAAUAAAUAGUUGAUAAACAAAGUAGAUCGUACAUGUAUUAAGACACAUUAAUUCUAAACAAUGAAAAAAGUACAUAGUAUAUAUAUACAGAUAUAUAUAUAUAUAUAUAUAUAUAUAUAUAUAUAUAUAUAUAUGAUACGAGACGUUUAGUAUAAUCGGCGUUGAUAAGCGAUAGAUGUAUGAAAAACGUUCUAAUAAGUGUGACAUUAUACUUCUUAUUAUAUGAUGUAUAUACCUUGUACGAUAAGAAUUUAAUCGGGCACACACUCCAAUGCUUAUGUUUAUAUUGAUUAUUGAGUCAAUCAAUUACGAUCGUGAAAUAAAUGAAUAAAUAAAUGUUUCGUAAUUUACAAUAUAAUCCCGUGUUUUCGCCAGACCUAAAAAAGAAAAGAAAAAUGAAAACAGAAAAAAAGAUUAAUCGAAAAAUAAAAGCUAUCUUUUUUAUCAUUGAAAUUAUACGAUACCAUGCCAUUAUAUUUUUAACUAUUUGCGGAAGAAGGUGGACGAAACUUUACUUUCCACGUAUUUCAAAAUUUGCAAGUGAAAUGAAUUUUAAUUUUUCAUAAAGUUAAACUUCAGGAUCGACGAUACGAUAGUUUUCACACUUCUAAAUUACGGAUAGCACGUAUCGUAAAAGUGAAAUCAAUAGAUUAUACAGAAGUUAUGACGAUACUUUCUAUUCGUCACAAUUUAUGCAAAAAUAUGUGCACUUAUUUGCGACACUAUCGCAGGUACGUUGCAAAGUGAUAACUGCAUAAUUCUGUCUAUCUGACUAGAAGAAAAACACAUAACAAUCAUUUCCACAUAAAUUCAACGCUACUUAAAGAACACAAUUUCCAUGAUUUGCAAUCAUAAUAAUAAAAAUGAUUUAUUAGAUUCCAUCGAUGAAUAUUUUUCUCAUUCGCUAUUGUACUAAUCCUGUUUCUAAUGAUGGUAAUUAAUCGCAAUAUAAUUCUCAUAGUUGUCAGCAAAAUGAAACAUCAUAAGUAUG